AUGAUUUUAAAACAGUUGUUUUUGAUGCUUACCUUGCUGGUAACCAAUGUGAAAUGCAGUGGAAACACACAAAUCUUCAUAAAUUCAAACUCGACUGUUAUGAUUCAAUUGCAAAAUUGCUUUUUGAAGUACUACUGCCACAUUGUCGAAACUGAGGAUUUUGAUUCGGUCGAACUCAUGGAAAUUGUUUCGGAAGAGCCUUUCCUCUAUGAAGUGUCAUUUGUAGCAGGCAUAAAGGAUAAAGGAGAGCUGUUGAUAGAUAUUCUCUAUGAACAGGAUACGGACAUUUUUGGUAAAACUGAAACUUUGGUCUACAGCGAAAGAAAAGUGGUUCCACUAAGCUUAGAAUUUUACAAUUUCACAAUUGCAUAUAACAAUGAUUCCAGCAUAGAUUUUGCAAUCCGAAAUGUUUGUGAUGAAGACUAUAUCCGAGAUGCAUGUAAUUUCUACUGCAAGCCAGAUAAACAUUACAUGUGUGUUAAUGGCAAUCGUACCUGCACUCCUGAAUACACGGGGUAUUUAUGUAGGACGCCGGUUUGUCCCAACGCUUGUAGUGGAAAUGGAAUAUGUGUCGCACCAUCUAAAUGUCAAUGUAGGCAAGGGUUCAUUGACGACAUUUGUUACCAUGCAAGACCAUGUCGAUAUGGGAAAUGUAUCCCUAAUAAUGAUAAGCUCGGAUUCCACUGCCAGUGCAACGAAGGGUACUUUGGUACUCGGUGUGAUAGGCACGCGAUGGUUUUUGAUUGUACAGUCAGUACGGAUUGCAAAAACGGUGGAAGAUGUCUUUUCUACAAAAACCGUAGCAGAUGUAAAUGCAGAGGAGGCUAUAAAGGAAAGUUCUGCGAGCGGAAAUCUAAUUACAACUGCAAUAAGAAGAGGUGUCGGGCUGGAUACGUUUGUGUUAUGGAUAAUGGUGUACCCAUCUGUGUUAACACAGUUACUCCAGGCCCGCUGGUCACCGUCAAACAAAACGCGUCAUCAGUGAUCUAUCAGAUCUUUUAUGGGCAAUUUCACUGGAAGUUUCAUAAUAGCACUUGGGAAGUUAACAAAGCUUUGAAAAAUGCUGUGAAUGAAUCUUCGGUCAAUAUAUACUACACGCAACAAACAGGAGGAGGCACGAACCAAAUUGGCGGUGGCCCAGGAGAAGAUGAGGAGUAUGAAGAUUAUAGAGAGGCGCCGUAA